AGAGAAUGCAAAGCAUGCGAUUAUGUCUUGUUUUUUAUUCCAGGAGUGUUCCCAAACAUGGAUUCAAGCUUCCCAGACUGGAAUAUUGAAUUCAGAGAACAGAAUGAAAGCUACUUCAUGGAAUCUUCAUCUUGUGACAUGUCCCUUGCCAUGAGUUUGCUUUCCAUUAUCAUUGCCAUCAUUGGACUGACAGGAAAUGUCAUAGUGCUGCAGCUUCUGGGCUUCCACAUGCACAGGAAUGCCUUCUCUGUCUACAUCUUCAACCUGUCUGGGGCAAACUUCCUCUUCCUCUGCACUCACAUUGUAUUUUCCCUGGAAAAUCUCAUUAGGCAGUUUCACUACAUCGACAUUCACAUGGCGUUGUUUUCUGUCAAUGUGACCAUACUGGCAUACCUUGCAGGGGUGAGCAUGAUCACAGCCAUUAGUGUGGAGUACUGGUUGUCUGUCCUUUGGCCCACUUGGUAUCAUGCCCAACGCCCAAAACACACAUCAACUGUCAUUUGUACUCUGCUCUGGGUUUUUUCCCUUCUGUUGACCCUUUGGAAUUGGAUAAUUUGUAAAGUGCUGGAUUAUAUUUAUAACUGGGAUAUGUGUUGGAAACUUGCUCUCAUCAUAGUUGUAUGGUUACUUGUUUUAUUUGUGGUUCUUUCUAGAUCCAAUCAAGCCCUGCUGUUCAGGGUCUUCUGUGGUUCACAGCAGACACCUGUGACCAGGCUGCUUGUGACCAUUAUGCUUACAGCACUGGUCGUCUUGAUCUGUGGCUUUGGGAUUGGCAUAUGCUUCUUUUACUGGAAGAAAGAAGAGAAUUCAAUUAUGCCUUGUGGUUAUUUUUAUGAGACAAUUCUCCUACUAUCCGGUGUUAACAGCUGUGCCAAUCCUAUCAUUUGCUUAUUUGUUGGCUCAAUUAAGCACUGCCAAUUCCAGUGUGGGACUCUCAGGCUGAUUCUUCAGAGAGCCAUUCAAGAGAGCCCUGAGGAAGAAGAUGAAGAAGUUGAAGAAGUUGUAGAACAAGAAGGAGGUGAAGAAGAUGAAGAGAGUACUACACUCUAGUGAUGCAACUGAGAGCUGCUGUGAUGAUACACAAGAGAACUUAUAGGACAAAUUUGCCCUUAUCCUUUUGGGG